AUGGCUCUGACUUUCCUCUGCAAGGGUUGGUUACAAGGCCAUUUCGGCUCCGUGUGCGUUGGUUUGGGAAUGUGCUGCGAGAAAUUCUGCGCCACAGUGGUGCUGAUGUCGUCUCCAGCUAUGUCCGGUGGCAUUUUCCAUACCCUCAAGUCCUACGGCGUACCCCACGUCUUCGGAGUGCAGGGUGGCUUCAGCGGCCUAUCGGAGGAUGCCAACUGGAUCGAACUCACGCAUGACUUGGUGCAGGACAUCCACAACAAGCCCGGCAGCAUUUUGGCCAACGAGCGUGGUGAGGCGCGGCAUGCAGACAUGGCCCAGAUGCUCUUCCAGCGCAAUUGCAAGCAGUUCUUUAUCCUUGGUGGCGAUGGCGCUCACAAGGGCGCCCUGCAAUUGGCCUCGCCAUAUCCAGCCGUGCCCUGCACCGUGGACAACGACCUGAUGAUGGUCGACACCAGCUUCGGCUUUGACACCGCAUGCACCGAGGCAUGGAGCGGAGAACUAUAG